AUGACGGAUUUUCCGAGUAAUCUCACUAAUGCGGUGGAUAUUGAAAAGCUCCUGAGCGUCAACAACUUCACAUCGACUCUGUCCGGAAAUCUGAACUGGUCGAAUUGGACCAACACGCUUUCAACGCUCCAAUUCGAUCGAUCGAAAACAGAUUUCAGCAUUAUUCAUCAGGCCGUCUCCGACUACUUCAAACCAGAAACCUUCUCCUUCGAAGUCCUGUGCUCCUAUCCUAUUAGUGGACAGUAUGGCUUUCUCGGUCGACUGUCUUUUUACCUACUUCUCAUAUUUGCUUUGGUUCUCCGAAGGCAUCUUUAUCUGUCGACCGCCGCGCUUGGAACCGCAAUGACUUACGCUGCAACCACUGUAGUGCACGCAUUUUCCCUGCUUGUCCGCUAUCAUUACCAGUUGCCCGAUUUUGAUGAAACAGCAACCACUUGGGUGAAAAAGGGCCCAAGAUACUAUGGUGAUGUUGACAUGGUGCCAAUGUUGCCUAUUCUCGCAACUGCCGCUGUCAUGUUGACUCCUAUUCUGAAUUUCUCCACUGUAGUGAAGGAAAACGAGGCCAGGUCAAUCGUGGUUUGGUGGGGCGCUUUAAUUUUUGCUGGCUUAUUGCCUGUGGCUAUAGUGAAUUGGAGAGGCGUCUUUCCAUUCUUUGUCUACGGCCAGGUUGCCACAUGCAACAUCGGCCCACAUGGCUGUAAUUCCACAAGUCUAGUCAAUACCACAAAUGAUUGGUCAAAAGAUUUUUACAACAAGUGUCACUGCCGUGAUACCUGUGGUUCGAUCACCAACCUCACAGCUCCAUUUAGGCAUGACACAAGUAUUCAAGUAUAUAAUAUUUCAGACAAAGUCAAUUCAUUGCAGCAGUCGGAAUCCUUAUGGUGGCUCUACACAAUCAACAUUCUCGUUCUAGUCUUUAUCGGUGGACAAGGUGUGCUCGGACUUAUUGAGAUCAAAUUACAUCAAACCCAGGUCCGAGCCUGGAUGUUUCGUCACAUUGCUGGCCUGAAGCCGAAAUCACAGCGCACUCUGUUCAAAGAAAAGUUGUCAUAUCAUCUAGGAAAAGGAGUAGCGGCAGGCUUCUACAUAUUCUCCAUUCUCAUUGCUACUAUUUGUCCCUUGGUCUUUAUCAGUAGCGUCGUAGUGAAUGAGAUCAUGGCAUGGGGCUAUCCAUACGGUGAAACCUUUGAUGCGAUCGGUCAGUGGGGCUUUUGGGUGUCCGCACUUUUCGUGAUACUUGCAGCCAUAGUGCAGAAGUACAAUCAUGCUUGGAUGGAGUCGAUUGCUCUUGGGUUCAAAACGACACUACGCCUAAUCAAAUGCAUCUUUGGAAAGGAUACUCUUCGCUCCAUGCCCAAAAAGGAGGAGCGAAAUAAGCACAACAGCGCGGUGGAAAAUACGAAGGCGUUUUUCACGCAAUUGGCUAAGCCUUUCAACUACAUCCGCUUCACAUUUGCUGCUUUCUGGGACGCAAUACGAAAGACGUGGGUAGACUUUCGAGACUGGUGGAAAGAUCCAAUCAAUCAUCCGGCUCAAAAACAGUCGCUUCCCAUAUACAAGAUUCGGGAGGAAUUCAUGAAGGAGGCGAAGCAUGUAAAGAGAGCCUUGACCCAUCAUCAUGAAGUCGAGACGUCAGACAGCUCCGCACAAGCGUUGGAUCAUCACGAGCAAACAACGGCGCAUGUGGAGGAUCUUCCUCCAACGCCACCAACGAACACUCAUACAAUCCAGGAUUCCCACGAUCGUUUGACUCAGGACCCACAUCAGCAGCGAUCGCAAAUCUCGGGCCAUACAGAAAGCACUGAUUCCAGCUCACCGGAGAACAACCACACGAAUGGAAGUCCUGACAUCAACACUAGUCAGGCCGUAGGUCAGCAUCACUCUGAGCAUCUAGACAACCCCGAACAAAGUGCAGAGGCGAAACCUGCGGUACCAAGACGUUCGAGUGAUCGUCCUACUGGUCCAAACAUAGCUACCACUCAAGGUGAGGGAAUGGACCAUGCGAAUACGCCCGGGAAUCGAGGCUCUAUACGGGACUGGGGUUUGUAUGAGCAGCAUCGUUCUGAAUUAUAG